AUGGCGUCGACAACCGCGUCUCUCGGCCAGACGGCGGUCAACCAGACCCCUGCAUCUCUCCCAACUCAGUCCCUCCGCGAGACUCGUACCGGCCCAAUGCUCGACCCAGCAAUGUACCCGCAUAUUUGGUCCCUCAUCCUCCGGGACGUCGACAACAUCAACCCCGGGGAUGUGAGGUCGAAGACGCGACUCGCGUUACGGGACACAUGCGUUGCGCUUCGCGACCGCGUCAGCUCGCGCAUGUACAACCAUGUCGCUGCGUGGCAGGUCCGGAACCCAGACCGCAAGGGCCACCCCACCACGCAGAGAAUUGACCUCCUCCGUACCUACGCCGACGACUACUACCUGGACAGACGAGCUAUCCCCGGCCUCGAGUGGAACGGAGGCGAAUUCAAGCGACAGCUAUGUGUUGAGCGCCUGGCGAAAUACUGCACGACGUUUGACUGCGAUAUUCCCGAGGAGAGGAUCGCAGACAACGACGCCGAGGUCGCCUUGCUCGGCCAAGCCGUGUCGAAUGUGACGACACUGCGCGUGCAACGCCCCAACCUGCAUUCGUUCGACUUCCCGCAUGUGACGACUGUCGUGGGGUUCACCAAGAUCCGUUCUGCGUCGUUGGACUAUCAGUGCGACGACAGGCGGUGGGGUAUCGAGAGGAACCGGCCUCCCAAGGACCGCAAAGAGCUCGCUGCCAUCACGCUCAACCCGGUGCAUGUGCCGCCCUCGACCACGGUCAUCAUCUACAGUCUCCAGUUCUGGGACGGGGACAGGGAUCACGGCAACAACAACAUGGUGGUCAGGACGGAUCUGGCCGCACUGCCGCACCUCACCGACAUAGCCUUCAGGUUUUCCUUUGAAGAGGCACUUGGGGACCACCGUCCGCACAAUCACAAGCCACUGGGUUUGCUCAACAGCCUCGUGCGCAGCGUCGCCGCCUUGGUCCCUCGCAUACGGGUUACUCUGAAGGGGCUCGAGUGGUUCCCCAUCGGGUGGUUCUGCGAUGCGAGCCUUCCUCCGCCGAGGGUUGACAGAUCGGGUUGGGCGCUUGACAACGAGGGCUGGGCGCAGUACCUGCACCGCUACAUCGCGCAGUACAUUCUCUGGGUCAACACCAAGCCUGGGCUGCCCGGCGAGAGCUACUUCAAAUGGGCGGCCCGGGUGCGCGAGGACGACAAGGAGAAGGCCCGCGUCGACGCCGAGCUCGAGCCGAUUCUCGCGGCCGUGUCCGUCGAGACGGGAGGAACCCGAACGCUGAUGGGCUCAAAGAUCCUAAGGGACAUUGCGUCUGAUGUGCCCGCCCAACCUAACUCACGCUACGACUACGGAUCGGUCGAUGACCCGCCGAGCCCAGCACGCGACUACCGCAACAAGACGGGUUACUGCGAGCCGCUGGACAACCACGGCGACGACGACUUUGACGGCUCCAAGUUCUACUACGGGCAAGAGGCUGAGGACGAGGACGAGGAUGAGGACGAGGACGAGGACGAGGACGAGGACGAGGACGAGGACGAAGAGGAUUGA